CCAUUCAAUUCAUCGUUUUCCCCUGCAAUGUCGUUCCACUCUUUAAAUAAUCAUCUUCCACCCUUCCUUUCUUAGUAAACCAAAAUUUAUCCUUUUUUCUCUCUGUGUGACUGUGUUUCUCCAUUCCCACAAGAAUCAUCGAACGUAUAACAAUGGCGCAACCCACUACUCCCCCAUACACCAACUCGGUGAAGCUGAAAUACGUGAAGCUUGGUUACCAGUACCUGGUUAACCAUUUCCUAACGUUGUUGCUGGUCCCGGUCAUGGCGGGAGUCGCCAUUGAAGUUCUGAGGUUAGGACCUGAAGAAAUUAUGGGUGUCUGGGAUUCUUUGCUCCAGUUAGACCUCCUCAAAGUCCUAUGUUCCUGUUUCCUUGUCGUCUUCGUCGCCACUGUCUAUUUCAUGUCCAAACCUCGCUCCAUCUACCUCGUCGACUAUGCUUGCUACAAGCCGCCGGUGACCUGCCGGGUUCCCUUCUCCACUUUCAUGGAGCAUUCCCGGCUGAUUCUCAAAGAUAAUCCUAAGAGCGUGGAGUUCCAAAUGCGGAUUCUGGAAAGGUCGGGGCUCGGGGAGGAGACCUGUCUCCCGCCGGCGAUUCAUUAUAUUCCUCCGACGCCGACCAUGGAAACCGCCCGAAAGGAGGCGGAGGUGGUCAUCUUCUCCGCUAUUGAUUCGCUCAUGAAGACGACCGGACUGAAGGCGAAGGACAUCGAUAUUCUUAUCGUGAAUUGCAGUUUGUUUUCUCCUACUCCGUCGUUGUCGGCCAUGGUUGUGAAUAAGUAUAAGCUCCGGAGUAAUAUCAAGAGCUAUAAUCUCUCCGGCAUGGGGUGCAGCGCCGGCCUGAUCUCCAUUGAUCUCGCUCGUGAUCUUCUUCAAGUUCACCCUAACUCCUACGCUUUGGUGGUGAGUACUGAGAUUAUCACUCCUAACUAUUACAAAGGCUCGGAGAGAGCCAUGCUCCUCCCUAACUGCCUCUUCCGGAUGGGCGGCGCCGCAAUCUUGCUCUCUAACAAACCCCGAGAUUCGCGGCGGUCCAAGUACCGGCUGAUGCACGUGGUCCGCACGCACAAGGGUGCCGACGACAAAGCCUACCGCUGCGUGUACGAGCAGGAGGAUCCGCAGGGGAAAGUGGGGAUAAACCUCUCCAAAGACCUAAUGGUGAUUGCGGGCGAGGCGCUGAAAUCCAACAUCACCACCAUCGGCCCGCUGGUUCUCCCGGCGUCGGAGCAGCUCCUCUUCCUCUUCACGCUAAUCGGCCGGAAAAUCUUCAAUCCGAAGUGGAAGCCCUACAUUCCGGACUUCAAACAAGCCUUCGACCACUUCUGCAUCCACGCCGGCGGCCGCGCGGUGAUCGACGAGCUCCAGAAGAGCCUCCAGCUGUCGGCGGAGCACGUGGAGGCGUCGCGGAUGACGCUGCACCGAUUCGGGAACACAUCGUCUUCUUCGCUGUGGUAUGAGCUAGGGUACAUUGAAGCCAAAGGGAGGAUGAAGAAGGGAGACAGAGUUUGGCAGAUCGCUUUUGGCAGUGGGUUCAAGUGUAACAGUGCUGUCUGGAAGUGUAAUCGCACCAUUAAAGCUCCCAUUACUGAUGGUCCAUGGCAAGACUGCAUUCAUAGGUACCCAGUGCACAUCCCCGAAAUCGUCAAGCUCUAAUCUACUAUCGUCUCUCGCAAACAAUUAAUACCCAAAAUGAACCAUCAACUAUGUCAUAAUUCUCAAAUUAGUCAAAAUGAACACUUCAUUAUGCAAAAUUUUACUCAUUUUAGUUCUCCGUUACUUAUUCUGAGAACUAAAUUGAAUAAAUUUUUGCAUAAUUAAGUAAUGGAAUAGUCGAUUAAUUAUUUUGGGUAUUAUCUUUUUUUGCGAGUUUCUUUCACUUUUACCUGCUUGUUUUGUACUAUGGGGUGCGGUGAAACGUGUCUGUAUGUAACAUUUCUGGGUAGCUGCAUUUAGUCAUCAACACGUUAUUAUUGCAGUGACAUAUAAAGGCUGCAACUUCUUUUUGUACUUUUUUAAGAAAAAAAAUUACUGUUUGCUUGUAAUAAGUCCGUAUGUACAUGCUGGGUAAAAUUGUAUUUAGUCACUAUUCAGCUGUUUUUCUAUAUUUCUCUUGUACUUAA